GACGAUGUUUAAAACCCAGUGACGACAGCACCGACACAAAACACUGUUCACAAACAAGUCCUGAAGCUCAAUACUGUGCAUGGGAACAGAACACUGAAAUGUAAGUGUUCGGAUACAACUUUUCAACAAAAUACCCACUCUCAUCUUUUCAGAGCUUUACUGUGACCCGUAGUCUGGGAGAAAAGCCGUUGUGACAAUGAUCAGAAAAGUCCUUGCCCUGCUUGGAGCCGGCGACGAGGAUGCUGUAAAUGUCAAUGAUGUUGAGGACAACGAAAGCUGUGAAGACCUGAUCGAAUUUGAAGAGGGAGACUGGGUCAUAAUCAACGUUCAUGAGGGGAAUGCCUUGGCCCCGCCCGAGGUGGACCCCCUGGAAAAUCUGCUCAUCGAACAUCCCAGUAUGUCCGUGUACCAACUGAGCAGCCAGAGAAGCGAGGAUGAUGACCUUGGGUCUGAUGAAGAGAGAGAGGAAGACGAGGAUUCUGCCAGGCCUGUGCCGGUUGGGCGUUCCAUCCCCUGCAGGGGCAGCAUUCUACAGCACGCCGACCACUUCCGCGCAGUCCAGAGAGCCAGGGUGCAUGUGGAGCGCAGGUCGCUGACCCACACUGCCCUCUGCAGGCAGAACCUCGCCAAGACACGCUUCUGCCCCUCCGUGAAACGAUACGGCUUCUACAAGCAGCCCUGCCAGCGUUUUUAUAACUACUGAAUCCCUUCUGUCCUCCCAACCACUUGAGCUAGCCUUCUGAGUGCCUCUGGAUAUGGAUAUGGAUAUUGAUAGUCAACCUGUGAUUUACCACGCUUUUUUUAGCCUCAGUGCGCUAAUGAUGGCACAGGGCCACCAUUCAUACUUCAAGGAAGCAGAACAGGGCAAAAUUAAAUGUGUAUGUCUCAAACUUUGAGUACACACACAUAAAAAUGGUAUGUACUACUCAGUAUUGUCAACCACUAUUUUGUUACGAUGAAAUUCAUACAGCAUGUUUGUAAAAUGCAUCUAAUGUUUCAGCAUUUGCAAAAAGCUACUAGGUAUAACUUUAGAACAAAAUAAUUUUCAGCUAAUUUAGUUGUAAUGCUUUUUUUUUUUAGAAGUGACAUAUGUAAGGUACAGCUUGUACUUAAUAUAUAGUUGUGUGAGUGGAAUGUACCUUUUAUGGCAGAAAUUUCUUUUUCUGUUUUGUGUUUUCUAACAUUAUCAUCAUAUGAAAGUAUGUACUGUUACAUAAUAAUGCUUAAGAAACAUUUGAUCUUACCUAUGCAGACUAAUAUUCAAAUUAUUGUUCUUUAAUACAUUUCACUGUACAAUUACACUACUGCCUUUAAUAUGUUGUGAUUUUAUCUUUAUAUGUAAGGGUUGUUUUGUCUUUAGGGAAAAAAACAAACAAACAAAUGGUGCGUAAGGAGUACUGAUGACAGGUACCUUCAAUGAGCAAGUGUACUACCUUUGUUUUUACUGUAAUGACAGCAGAAUUUGUUCGCUUUUUAUGUACAUGCCACUGGUACACAUGUAUAUGUACCUUGCCAAGAGAAAAACUGUUUGUACAUAUUACUAAAUGAUUCAGAUUUUUGUAUUGGAGUAUGCAUUUGUUUAAUACUCAACCAAAAAAAAAAAAAAAAAAGAAUAAAUGUGUUUUGCUUAGACAA